CUGACAGACAGUUCACGAAUCCUGAGAACUUGAUGAGUAGUCCCGCCUUCUGUAUGUUGUGUGUGUAGAGUAGAGUUGUUCUUUUUGACGGACGGUGUUUGUAUUCAGUCCUCUUUCAUCAACAUACUUCAACAGCGCAUCUUCGAAGUGUGAGCGUCUCUAGGCCGACAGGUCGUCGCAAAAAGAUUUCUUGCAGAAACGCGACAAUUGUCAGUGGAUUGUUCAGUUUUAAGUAUCCUUUUCUGCAUUUUUUACCACUAAUUUGUUUCAAGCGCGGACGACAAACAUUCUGCAUUUCCGGCAUAUCCGACUCUUGAAACCUGAAUCCAGUAAAAAUCUAAAACACGAUCAUGAAGUGCAUACCAACUCGCAUUCUCGUCUGCUGUGUCGCAGCAGGCAUUGCAGACGCAGUGCGAGCUGUACAUUCCGCAAAUAAGACGCAAGCAAUUUCUCCGGCCGCCGAUGGAGACGGAGGACACAUCGACGAGGAUCGAAAUCCAGCAGCGCAAGAAGAACGCAAAUUGUUGUGGAGCGAGAUACCGACGUCGUCCGACGAAGAAAAAGAGCGAGCGGCCCGGUCUCGUUUGACCAAGAAAAUCAUCACUCAGAGGAAUCGUUCGAGGCCGAACGGUGCAACUCAUUAUUCAGCUGGGGGAGACACAAGUACCACCAGCGGCUCAAGUACAUCGGCUACUUCGUCUCCCGACAUGCCAUCCGCCGGAGGUCGGCACUCCUAUCGUCCUCUCCUGAGUCAAAAAUUUACUCGAACCUCGUCUCCUGAUAGACGCACACGACGCACUGGUCGUGGGCAUGCAGUGAGAUUUUUCCCGGAAGAGCAAGAGCCACAGAGCACAACAGGAACUGCUGGAACGACAAUUACAACUGGGGGUCUAUUAAACGCCUCCGCGGAAGAGUUUGUGCCUUCGAUUUUUCAUUCCAGUUCUAGUACAACCCUGGACCCCUCAGCAGAGGAGUUUGUGCCGCGAAACUACAUGUCGAAGAGCGCGACUGCUGGUGCGUCAAUGGCUGAUGACGAACUACAGAACAAAGGGUACGACGUCGAGCAAAGAUCUUCUGACGCGCCUUUCCUUCGAUUCGCAGACAUCGCGGACCGAAUCACGACGGUGCACAUCCACGAGGCGACCGAGAACUCUGCCGUGCUGACCAAUGACUGGCUCUGGCCCAGCAGAGAUCACCCAUUUUGGUACCAAAACGCGUUUGCGCAGAGACUGACCGUGGCCGCACUGCGGAAAGGAAUUCAGCACAAUUUUCCGGAGGAGUUCGGAGACAUUAACUUCGUUGUUGGUGGAGCGAAUAAUAUUAAAGUGUUACCGGUCGGCGGCCCAGAGGAUGACGAGUUGGUUUCCGAAGUCGUGAAGGGGAGUCUAUUGGAAAAAGUGGCGGCUGAAAGAGAAACCAAGAUGAGGAGCAAGAGCGGACGUCACACCAGAAAGCGUCACGACGCGUUUUUACCUGGUUUUCACUCUUUGUCCGAAAGCGCAGGAGCUGUUGGCACACAACUUGCAGUACUGCAAAAACACCAGGAGCAGUUACGACGAGGCUUGUGGUCAGCACCGUAUUCUUGUGUUGAUAGGAUUUCGGAGGAGGCAGGGCACGAAAACGAAAGCCAGAUUUCCGGUGGUGGUUUCGAUGCCUGCUCUCGUGAACCAGAAAUGAUUGCAGCAGAGGGCCACCACGACGAGGGUAUUCAUGUUCGUGUGAGUGGAGGAACCGUCAACCAUGUCGACCGCUUGGUGGGUCCGCCGUACGUGACGGCCCAGGACGCAAGUAGUAGCACCCUGUUGUACUCAGGAGAUGCUUCGUCGGAGGAGGAUGGACGGGCUGCGUGAUCUGCAAAUUCGCGCAUGAGGACUCAUCUAGGAUUGGCGUUUAAUGAGGAUGAAGGAAAUGUCCACGACGGUUUCGGUUUAUAAUGUUAUUUUAGGUGCUUGCUCGUGCUCUCGAGAGGAUCAAGCUACCUGUUUUAUGUUUUAGAAUUUAUCUAUCACACUGAAGUCCGCUUGCGCUUGUAUGUAAGAUUUCCAUCAAGAUCAACCGCUUUUUACCUGUACCCCCCGCUUGCACAUGAAAGAACUUGCAAUGCUCUAAAAAUUUGACCGAAGAUAGAUGAAAGGAAGCACUUUGCGUUUGCAACUUAUGACGGCAAUAAUUAGUUGAUUCCGGUGCAACUUGAGUAGCUCAGCGAUGAUUUUGGUCUUGGUCCCACAACUCCUGCGCAGAGGCAGGCAGAAAUGGGUAAUAUUCGUGAAUACAUCAAGGCCAGCAACUUUCUUCGUCGCCAAGAUGACUGUGCAGUGUGUGCUGCUGAUUGACGUUGAGGACUGGGAAUCGCCGUAGAAUCGACUUCGCCAAAAUGAACAUGAAGAUAGAAAAUCUACUGAGCAAGACGAAAGCUGCAACAGUUCGUGG